AUGCCGUCCAUGUACGAUCGCAUCCGGGAGGAUCUCACAGUCAAGGAGCAGGCUCUCUGGACUGCGUUGACCUCUGCCAACCCGGGGCCCGCCGUGGAGAAAUUGUGCAACCCGGAGGGCGUUCUCAUGUUCCCACAGAUGCCCGAGAUCUUGUCUCUAAAAGACAAGCAGCAAUUUCACGAAGCCAUGGCCCCUCCUUUCCAUCGCUUCGAUGGGUAUCAAUUCGACGAUGUUCGCGUGAUCAUUAUCGACCUGAUGGCCGGAACCGUGUCCUACAAGAUCCAUGCCGUCCGUGGCAAGAAGACUUACCGCGCCACAUGCUCUUCCACCUGGGGCCAGGGAUCCGAUGGUGAAUGGACCCUCUUCUCCCAUUCGGAGACCUUGCAGUAA